AUGGAGAAAGCGCUUCGAGCUAACGGGAAUACUGGAAGGUUCAAAGAGGGCCGAGGACACGGUCGAAAGGGGAUCUCUUCAAGAAAGAAUGGUGGUGGAUACAAGGGCAAGUGCUUUGGGUGUGGCCAAGUUGGUCAUAUGAAGCGGGACUGUCCUGUGCAGAAAAGCGACAGUGGGAAUGAUGCUGUUUUAGCUGUGAGCGAGAAACGACUCGACGGUUGGCUGAUUGACAGUGAAGCUACAUCGCAUAUGACUCCGCAUCGUUCCGACCUAUUCGACUACGAGAUCCUGAACGAUGGGAUUGAUGUAAUGAUUGCCGAUGGCAAGAAGUUACGCGUUCAUGGAAAAGGAACAGUGAGGCUGACUGGUGUGAACAAUCGACGAAUUAAGAUGAUAAAUGUAUUGCACAUUCCAGGACUUGACCGACGUCUAUUAUCAGUUUGCAGACUCGCUGAACACGGUCUAAGUGUCAGCUUUGAGCAUUUAUCGUGCAUCAUAUGGGACAACAGAAGUGCAAUUGCUGUGGGAAAGAAGAUGGGCGAAGCGAUCAUGCUAGACUGUCAGCAGGAGGAAGCAAAAUUUGUGCAGUAA